AUGUUGGCAUUGGCUCUGACAGCUGAGCUGGAGGGCGUGACCGACCUUGCUCCCUCCGAUACAGCUGAGUCGCCAUACUACUAUACAUUCAAAGUGCAAUGCACAUCAUGUCGCGAGACACACGCCAAUUGGGUUGGUGUCAGCCGCCAUGAAAUGAACGAACAGUCAGGAAGUCGAGGGGAAGCAAAUUUCGUCUGGAAAUGUAAAAACUGCAAGAGAGAAUCCAGUGCAACGAUCAAAGCGGCUCCUACGGCGUACGAGCCAAACUCACCGGCAAAGGCAAAGAACAUCAUUGAAAUUGAUUGUCGGGGACUCGAGUUUAUUGAUUUCAAACCAGAUGGGGAGUGGGAGGCCACAGGUAUUGGAUCGGGAACGAAAUUUACAGGGAUUGAUUUAUCAGAAGGAGAAUGGUUCGACUACGACGAGAAAGCAGGAGAAGAAGUCAGCAUCAAGGAUAUAAAGUGGGAAAUUCGGCGGGCUUGA